AUGGAACAGAUUCCAACCAAACGCCCUCAUUCAAAUUCUGACUCAGAUUCUUCCCAGUCCCCGCAACAAUCAAAUCAGGCAUCAUCCCCUCAAGAAAGUCCUAACUCUCUCGACAUCUCUUCUCCUCAACGACGUCGCUACUCUCGUCGGACCCGUCAGAAAAACAUUCUGACGAGGCAUUCUUAUUCGAUUCCUCCCAAAUCUCAGUCCAAAACGAAGAAAGCCAAACUUUCCGACUCUCAAGAUAGCAGUGAAGACCACCCAAGCCAGCCAAUGUAUCAGUCUCAUGGGAUGUCGCUUUACACUUCGAUUCACCCCAGCUUUCAGGCAUUAUUAUCAGGCUUAGAAGCUUCAGACGACAUACAGAUACUCCAAUCUUUGACUCAGCUGUCUAUGGACCUUGCCAUGAUACAUGAAGACCUCUUGUCAAAUCUUCCAGUUGAACAAUUAGUAAACGCAUUAAUUACUUGCCUAAGUAAAGAUACGCUGCAAGACAUCCCGCUUUAUGCAAUGAACUCACUUACGAAUAUCCUGGACGCAAUCCCGAAUAUUGCAGGACUCAUUGUCGCGAGUGGAGGAAUUGGAAUUUUAUGCUCAAAGCUGAUGAAUUUCGAAUUUAUAGAUAUGGCUGAACACGCUAUCAAAACCCUUGAAAAAAUGUCUUAUGAGCAUGCCGCAGCGAUUAUUAAAGAAGGCGCUUUUGGGCUUAUGAUUGGGACAAUUGAUUUCUUUGAAGCAGAAAUCCAGAAAAAAAUUUUGACUUUUGCGAUUAAUGUGGCGAGAACUUUGAAUUCGCAAGAUCAUUUUAUACAAUAUGUAGCACCCAGCUUGCAAAGUCUGGUGAAUAUGUUGGGAUUUAGAGGAACCGAUUUUGUGCAGCAGAAUGAAAAAACUUUGGAUUUUUUUACAAUUUUGACGACAAGUUUAAUAAGGAUGUGUUGUACUGAUUAUGAAAAACUGAGGUAUUUUUUGCAAAUUAUGAUAGACCAAGGCUUGAUAAAGGCUCUUUAUGAAAUAGUGAAUCAUGUCCCGGGCUUAGUUUCAAAAGCUUUUAAGCUGCUCCAUAUUUUAUGUAAAAACGCUUCUUCAGCAACUCAGAUGCUGCUGUCGCUUGGAAUUAGCUGCAGCUUAAAAGAAACAUUAUUGAAAUGACAAGAAAAAAAUGAAAAAUCAGAAAAUUCUAUCAUGGAAGCUUUACAUUUGACUGAAACAAUAAUUCCUAAAGUGAAUUCAGAUGAUAUCAUAGAAAAAGAAAAAAUUGAAAUUUUUGCAAGGCACCCACAAUAUUUGCAGACUCUUGGAGAUACGAUUUUGCCUCAGAUUAUAUCGCUUUAUGAGCAUUUUGCUAGCAAAGAAAUGAAAAGCUUAGUUAUCACGAUUUUAGAUAAAAUUUUAGAGCAGUCCCCACCAGAUUUAAUGCUAACUUAUGUAGCUCCCCAAUACUUCUCGACCUUUAUAGCUGAGCUUUUAUCCUCUCGUGAUCUCUAUACCAUCAAAAACGCCCUCAAAAUUGUCAACGUCCUCUACGAAAAAAUCCCAGACCAGGUCUCCACAAAUUUCAUACGAGAAGGUGUCCUUGACCGAGUCCAAAAUUUAAAAAGUGCAGAAAAACUCAGAGAACUCAGUGCAGACUGAAGAAAUCUGUAUACAGAAAGGGUCAACCGAGCAAGAGAAGAAUCAAGAUAUGCUGACCCUUUAAUGAUGUUUAGGUUUUCCCAUGGGCUAGAAAGAUCUUAUUCAGUCCACGAAGACCCUUCAGAAGGCUUAAGCUUACGAAGAUACAGAUCAGAAAGCAUGGAUAUUACGCAUGACCAAAAAAAAGACAUCAUUUCCUUAUGCAAGUCAGCUUUAGAUAAAAGUAAAAAUUAUGAAAAUAAAAGAGCAGUUAAUAAGCAAAAACAAUUAAAAGAGCUCGCAAAUAAAUUGGAGAAUGGGGAUGGGGAAAGUGCUGCUGAAAUUUGAAGGAAAUUGAUUAUGCUGAUAGAAAGUGAUGAAGCUAUAAGCCAGUUUGAAAUUAGCUAUUCAGGGCUUCCAGAAGCUAUUUGAAAAUGAUUAGAGUUGCCUGAAAUGAGAGAUGAAGCAAAAAAUAGUGUUUGUUUAAAAAGGCUAGAAGAGUUUUUAAGAGUAUUUUUUGAAAGUAGCAGCAAAAAUGAAACCCAUAUAGCAAGCUUUAUUACACUGCUAUUAGGAGCUGUACAGUUUUUGCAUGGAUUUACAGUAAGCCCACCUGAUAAUAGUUUGACUACUUUAUCUGGAAUUAGAUCUCUAAGCCAGAGGGUAAGGCUGCAUUUUCAGUAUUGUCCUGAUGAAAUAGAUCCUGUAGCAUUUUAUGAUUUAUCGACUGAAUACUUGACUAGACAUAACUUUUUCUCCACCACAAAUGACUUUAGCAUUGCAAUCGAGCAGUUCAACACUUUUGACUCAGUAAAAUCUCUCUUACUCAGAGUAAGAUCAAAAGAAGAUUUACUUUAUUUCCAAGAAGCGUUUCACCACAAUAUUGACUUCAGAAGAGAAAACCCUUCAAAUUUAAGGCGGCAAAUAAGAGAUCUUCAGUUCGGCACAGUCACAAAUCCUAUGGUUCUUGAUAUGGACAUUGAUAAUGACCUAGAAGAAUUCAAUACUGAAAUUGUAAUGCCUAGAGAACGAAAAGCCAGCGAAAUCAAUGGAAAUUUGGUAGUUAAUUUGUAUUGAAAAGGAAAUGAAAUCACUAAAGGUAUGACAGUUUUUGAAAUCAUAAAUAGGCAGGAUAAUAGUGAUGAGCCAAUUAUUAAGUUUAGGUUUUCUAAGUCUGCAUUGACAAUUAAAGGUAGCAGCUAUUUGCAAACGCCAAUAGAAAUUUAUCAUAAUAUUUUAUAUACAUAAAAAUGGUGACGACAGACCACCCGACCUCUCGACCCUAUUUCUUCAACACCAGCAGGCAACGGCCCAGUGUUGGAGAUUUAGGUGGAAACCGGCCGGUAAUCCUUUAUGUAUAGUCGGGCUGGGUUUUCUUUGAGCCCGAGGAGCUAAUUCUCGGACUUGGAGUUUUUCCUCCGGUACAACCAUUGGAAAGGGCAAGGUCGGCAAUGUUUGAGGGCAAUAUGACCCUCAGACCCAGAAGACGGUAUUUGCCCAACGAGAAACUGGGAGUUUCGACCCAGGUGGUUGGCCCUAGACUCCAGAAGCCAUGGAAGUCAAGACUGGUCGUGCGAAUCCCUUGUUUGAGGCAACAAGGAGGGUGUCCGCCGAGGCUCCUCAGGGCGAUGAGCGUGUAGGGGUGAGAAUCUCCGGCCCUGCAAGGCAAACGGCUUAAUCUAAUCUAAUCAUAAUAUUUUAGAGGAAAGCCAGCUUAUUGGUAUAGACUCUUCAGAAAAAAUCUACCCAUGUCUUCGGCUAUUAAAGCUUAUUUUCAAGCUAAAUGAGCAGUUUCCACAAAUAAUAUCAACGUCCUCGCUUUUAUUUCCUUCAAUUUCUGAUUCUUUGAAGCUUUCUAAGGUGCAAUCCCAGUCUUUUAAAAGCCAAAAACUUUCAGCAUUAUUGACUCGGCAAUUACAAGACUCAAUUUCUACUACUUCAAAAAACCAAAUAUUGACACUCCCUAAACAGUGCAAUUUUUUAUUUCCUUAUACCUUAAGAACUGAAUAUAUUCAAGCCACUGGCUUUGGCGGGUUCAGAAGUUUACAAUAUUUCUUAGACAGGAACCAAAACAAGGAAAGAUUUCGAGUCCAAAAACAGAAGCAAAAAGUAAAAAUCCAAAGGGAAAAACUCCUGCAAAGUGCAAUGGUAAUUAUGAGUGAUAUUAGGCUGCUUAAGCAAGGAAUAUUAGAAAUAGAAUUUGAAAAUGAAAUAGGGACAGGCCAAGGGCCAACUUUAGAGUUUUACAGUUUAGUUGCAAAAGAAAUCAAGGCCCUUAACAUUUGAAGAAACCAAGGAGAAGAGUCAGGACUUUUUCCAUGCCCUCUUAAAGCUUCUGAUGAAAGGUAUAGAGAUUAUUUUACAUUUUUAGGUAGAUUUGUCGCAAAAGCGCUUAUUGAUAAAAGGUAUAUUGACAUCCCGCUGAGUCCUAUUUUUUGGAAAUUGGUGCUAAAUGAGCCAAUAACGCUUGCUGACGUAUUUUUAGUUGAUAAAAAUUUAGGUAAAUUUUUGUUGGAGCUGCAAGAAAUACUCAAUAAAAAGCAUAACUUAAUUUCGCAGAAAAAGGCUCCACAAGUGAAUUUUAGAGGGUCUGCUAUUGAAGAUCUUGCGCUCAAUUUUACACUUCCAAGCUAUGAUUUUAUUGGUUUAAAGAGAAACGGUAAAAAUAUUUUUGUAACUUUAGAUAAUUUAGAAGAAUAUAUCAGCCUCGCUGCCCAAAACACGCUGCUAAUGAACGCCCAAGCUCAAGCAUUCCGAAUAGGACUUGAGUCUUUGUUUCCUAGUGACACUCUCAAAACCUUUAUGGGAAGUGAGUUUGAAACCCUCAUUUGUGGAGAAGCGGACGAGAAAUGGGACAUUGAAGAGCUGAAGCUAAACAUCAAGCCUGACCAUGGCUAUACCAGCACGUCUCCUACCUUUAAAAACCUUCUUUACCUCAUGUCACAGUUCACCUUCAAAGAAAAACGACUUUUCAUGCAAUUUAUCAGUGGAUCUCCAAGGCUACCUCCAGGAGGUUUUUCUGGGCUGAACCCUAAGCUAACUGUUGUCAGAAAAGAAGCAAGCAUGCCAGGGAUUUCUGAUGAUGAGUACUUGCCGUCUGUUAUGACUUGCCAAAAUUAUUUGAAAAUCCCGGAUUACUCGUCGCUAGAAAUCUUGCAGAAAAACCUGAAAUAUGCGAUUGAGGAAGGACAUGAAGCAUUUCAUCUUUCAUAA